GGGGGUCCGGUCUGAUGACCAUGGAUGAAGUACUGGCUGUCCAGAGUCAAGACCCAGGAUGGACCGCUCGCCUGUGUAUCGGUUGGGGACAUCUCUACGCUGCUGAUCCGCCUCCGCUUGAGAUGGUUUCCUGUGGACGGGACUCUCGCUGCUGUCUUGGAUCCGCUUGAACUGAACUCUCGCGGCUGUGUUGGAGCCACUAUGGAUUGAACUUUCACAGUAUCAUGUUAGACCCGCUUGACAUCCAUUGCUUUCGGUCCCCUAGAAGGGGGGUGGGGGGGGUGCUGACAUCUGAGGUCCUCUCCAAGGUUUCUCAUAGUCAGCAUUGUCACUGGCAUCCCACUGGAUGUGAAUUCUCCCUGCCCACUGGGUGUGAGUUUUCCUUGCCUUUUUGUGGGUUCUUCCGAGGAUGUUGUAGUCGUAAUGAUUUCUGCAGUCCUUUGAGACAUUUGUGAUUUGGGGCUAUAUAAAUAAACAUUGAUUGAUAGUUGAUCAACAGCCAUACAGGUCACACUGAUGGUGGCCGUAUAAACAACUUUAACACUGUUACAAAUAUGUGCCACACUGUGGACCCACACCAAACAAGAUUGAGAAACACAUUUUGGGAGAAAACAUGCACCGUAACACAACAUAAACAUGACAGAAAAAAUACCCAGAAUCCCACGCAGCCCUAAGUCCUACAGGCUAAGAUAUACACCCCAGCCCCCACCAACCCCGCCCCCUAUUGUAGCCCGGAAGAGUUAGUGCUGCAUUGGAUUGGGCCGGCACACUGUCUGUAUGGUGGAAAAGCGGACGAGACAACUGGUUGUAGAGGACGCUAAAGGCAGUGCCAUCACGGCACCCCCUUAAUAUUGUUGUCCGGGUGAUAACCGAGAGAAUGAUUGCCCCGGGAAAUUGUCGGAGGGGCACUGAUGUUCGGGUGUUUCCCAGAAAGAUCGCGAGAGUUGGCAAGUGUGUUGCUAAGGCGGGAAAGCCAUUCAAAGGUGAAUUCAUUAAAAAGCGCACACUAGAUUUUUUAAAGAAAUAUUUACUUGCGCCCUAGCCUCUCCCAGUCUCUGCAUCCAGUGGCACCCAGGUAAAUUGAGUUUGAGACCCCUGUCUUAGAUACUUUUGAUAAAUACUCCUAUUUAAGUACAUUUUUGUGUGAUAUUUAUAAUAUUUUAAAUGAAUACUGCUUGUUUACCUCAAUUAGGUUUGUUUUUUUUUCUCCCCAAAUAUCUUGAAUAACAACAACAAUCUACAAAACAAGCUAUUAGUCAUGCUUGUAAUUAAAGCGAUAUAUUUUAUGACCGUUAGAGAGCAGUAUGUAACCUCCGCUGUGUAAAGGCGAAUUCACGAGACAUCAACGGAAGAAGAAGAAGGCUAUCGAAGGGUUGUUUCCUGGUCAAAGUCCAGCUGGAGAUAAGAAAAAUCAAACGUCAUAAUGCCUUGAAAACAUGCAGGACUCAGUAGACUGCCUUGUCCGACAGUUGGAGUCUUACAGAGGAAGAGAUCGAAUUAUAAGGACGCUUUGUUACAGCUCCCAGUUUGUCGGAGGCAUUCUUUCCUGCAAGACGGAUGGUUCGUCUCCUAACCUCGGAAAAAGCCUUCUGCUGUUGUCUGCUCAGCUAAGCCACUGCAGGACAGUGCUGAGACUUUUUGAUGAUCUCUCCAUGCUGGCUUAUACCCGCACUUACGGAUUUGGUGCUAAGGAGGAAGACAUAGCCGUGCGCUGGAUAUCGGUCCUUGAGAAUGUGGCUGACCAGCUGUACUACCCGUGUGAACACGUGGCCUGGGCGGCAGAUACUCACCUUAUUCAAGCAAAGUCUGAUCCAUGGUGGCUCUUAAGCAACGCGCUGUGGGGAACCUCGCUGCUGCUUGGCAUACUGAGGUCCCUCCGAUUUCUGCUGCUUCUCAGGAGAAAGAGGAGAUGUGAGCAAGAUGGAAGCAGGGAUCGUGAGCUCCGCAGACGGAUGCAGUCGGAACUGCUUUCUAUCGUUGGGUUUAUGACGGACCUCAGUAACGCCGUCCACUGGAUGCCGCAUGGCUUCCUGUGGGCGGGUCGGUUCCCCACCUGGCUGGUGGGGCUGAUGGGUACCAUUUCUUCUGUGACUAUGUGGAUCAAGAUGAAUGCUUAAGAUCGCAACCAGUCAUGCAGCGCUUAGUCAUUUCUAUCACUCUUUGGUCAUCACUGGAAUGUAGAAAUGAUUUUAGAUUUAAUAUAAGUGUAUGAUCGGUUGGACUAUUUGUGCAUAUUAUUUCAGCAUUUUUAUAAUAAAAACGCACAAUUUGUUUAUA